CAAAACUCAAAACAAAACACCAUUGCAUGCUCUCUCCAAAUUCAUUAACCAAAACCCAUUUUUCCCUACUUUCUUCUUCGAUUCCCACCCCCUUCGUCUUCACAGACCUGUUUUGACUUUCCCUUAAAAAAAUCAACUUGGGUUCUUGACUUUUUCUGUUCUUGAUACUUUAAUGGGGCCCAUCAGAAGUUCCAAAUCAAAAAAGAAGGCUGAGCAGCCUACCACCUCUCUCGUCACUCCGCCGCUUCCUCAGCCUCAACUUUCCGAUUGGUGGCAUGAUUUCUCCAAAAGGUUUCAUGGGAGUUUAUCCAAAUCAACGGAUUCACAAAGCUUCGAAUCCUUGUUCAAGAUGUCAAUGAAAACGUUUGACUACAUCUCCUCACUCGUUAAAGAAGAUAUAAUUGCAAAAACUCCAAACUUCAUGGACAUCAAUGGCAUUCCUUUGUGCCUAUAUGAUGUGGUUGCUACAGCAUUAAGACGUUUAGGAUCCGGUGACUCUUUAGCCAUAGUUGGAACUUCACUCAACCUAAACCAAACCACGGUUGCUCAGAUAACCAAACUGUUUGUUGACACCUUGGAAUCCCGGGGAAUCAGCCACAUUCGAUGGCCGGAAUCGGAAUCCGAGAUGGAGGCCGUGAAAUCCAAACUGGAAAAGAUCGCCGGACUCCCGAACUGUUGUGGUGCAAUCGACACCUCCCAUGUCAUGAUGUGUCUCUCGACUGCUGACCGGGCAACCCAAUUGUGGUGUGACCGCGAGAAAAACCAAACGGUUACAUUCCAGGUAAUCGCAGAUGCCGACUUGCGAUUCCGGGAUCUUGUCGGUGGGUGGCCAGGGUGUAUGACCGAUGAGCGCAUCCAUAAAAAGUCAACUUUUUUUAAGUUUUGUAAAAAUGAGGAGAGGUUGAAUGGGAAACGAAAGGUGGUUUCGGAAGGAAACGAGAUUGAGGAGUAUAUAGUCGGGAAUUCGGGAUUCCGGUUGCUGCCAUGGUUGAUGACUCCAUAUCGAGGGAACAAGCUUUGUGAUUCCGAAGUUAGAUUUAAUCAAAUGGUGAUGAAGACACAAAUGGUGGCACAGAAGGCGUUAGGGAAGCUGAAACAGAAUUGGAAGAUUAUUCAAGGAGUGAUGUGGAGGCCUGAUAAAGAUAGACUACCCUUGAUUAUUCUUGCUUGUUGCAUCCUGCAUAACAUACUUAUUGAUAUGGAAGAUGAAGUUCAAGAGAAGCUUGUGUUUUCACAUCGCCAUGAUUUGGAUUAUCGUCCAGCUGUUUGUCAUUUAGAUGAUGAUAAGAAAGGUGUCGCUUUGAGGGAGAAGAUUACUCUUCAUUUGUCUGGAGGAUCGAAGCCAUAAAUGUUGUGGUUGAUAUGAGUUUUUUUUCUGGUUUUUAUAUCUUUUCUUUUAAAAUAUAAACUACACAUGAGAUGAAAGUUUCAUGAAACUGUGAAAUCUUAAGAGUUGCUUUCUAUAGAUUUUGUUAAAGCUUGAGGAUUAUGAGAG